UUCUUGUUCUUAUCUAUCCGAGCUGUGACAGUCCGCAUCGUGUGUGGAAGUGAUUACGGUCACGUUCUGUGCGCACCGUAAUGUUGUAAACAAAAAUGCCCAAAUAAAUAAAAACAAACCAUUUUCUUAUCAUAACUUAUCUAAUCUUAAUGAAAGUGAAGUGAUAGUGAUCGACGAUGAUUGCCAACGGCCAGAUAGUGGGCGACGGAACCUGGAACCUCCGGGUCCUCGUUACAGAUUUGCAAGCUGAGCGCCAGCUCCGCGUAAAGAGCGACUUACACAUCGGAGGAGUCAUGUUGAGGCUGGUGGAGGACUUAGAAAUCUCAAUGGACUGGUCGGACCACGCCCUCUGGUGGCCCAGCAAAAACAUCUGGCUCACCAGGACGCGCUCCACCUUGGACCAAUACGGCGUCCAGGCCGACGCCCUCCUGCAUUUCACCCCCAUGCACAAAAACCUUCGUGUACAACUCCCCGACCUACGUUACUUGGACAUGAAAGUGGACUUCUCCGUAAAAACAUUUUCCGCGGUUAUACACUUGUGUAAAGACCUAGGUGUUAGGCAUCCAGAAGAAUUGUCGCUGUGCAAACCCCUAGAACCCUACCACUUAAAACAGAACUACAAUUCCAUGCCAAAGAAAAAAGUUGAAAAUGGAAACCCGAGGAACGGACACCCGAAUCUCCCCCCAGACACCAACACGUUCAUCGCCAACAGCAGCCCAGAUGGCAGCACUGGUAGUCUGGACAAGAGUGGGUUCAUGUGCGCCCCCGUCACACCCUCCAAACCCCCGCCGUCUUCCACCCCAGUGAGCAGUCCAGUCGGAAAUACGGGGACGUGGGGACGAUCGGGUUUUGGCUCCGACACCAACGGUUUUUCGCCGAAUUUGUCCAACAGCAUAAGUUCGGAGCAAUUGAAUGGAAGUUACGACAGUUUUCUUGCCCAGGCGCCCCCUGCACCGAGCCCCGAGGCCAGAAAGCACAUGGUUAGGCCGAAGUCGCUUAUCGAAAAAGCGAGGAUGAAUGUGGCUUGGUUAGAUUCAUCUCUAUCCAUAAUGGAACAAGGGGUUCGGGAGUACGACACGUUGUGUCUCAGGUUCAAGUUCUACGUCUUUUACGACUUGAACCCGAAAUACGACGCAGUACGAAUCAACCAAAUCUACGAGCAAGCCAGGUGGCAACUGCUGAACGAAGAAAUCGAUUGUACGGAAGAAGAAAUGUUGAUGUUCGCCGCUUUGCAGUUGCAAGUAAACUUACAAGCAACUCAACCGCAACCCACUAUGGACAACGGGAACGUGUCUUCCCCCGUCGAAGACGACAUCGACGCCGCCCUAACUGACCUACAAACAACCCUCGAGGGAUCAAGUUUAAAUGCCUAUGCCAACGACAUCACCCAAGUGCCUGAACUAUGCGACGAAUUACGGUUUCUAAAGCCGAAGAGGUUUACAUUGAAAGCGUACAAAAAGUACUGGUUUACUUGCCGCGACCUUCAUCUCUAUUUAUACAAAUCCCGCGAAGAAAUGAUACACCGAGCUAACGCUGUCCACGAUAUCAAUUUACGCGGUUGCGAAGUGACACCUGACGUAAAUAUCAGCCAAAACAAAUAUGCCAUCAAACUGGAAGUGCCGAGUUCGGACGGGAUGACGGAAAUGUACAUAAGAUGCGACGACGAAAACCAAUACGCAAAAUGGAUGGCGUGUUGUCGAUUAGCCUCCAAGGGCCGAUCUCUUGCCGACAGCAGUUACGAAUCGGAAAAACAGACGAUUUUGGAGUUCUUGCAAAUGCAAAGGCCGGCAGAUGGUCCUGCUAUCAAUCCCAGUACUUUAGAUAACAUGCAAAUGGACGAUUAUCUGGCUCCAAGAUUUUUGAAAAAGCUACGAGGGAAAAAUUACAGAAUCCUGGAGGCACACGCCAACGUCAAAGACCUCUCUUUGAUCGAAGCCAAAAUGAACUACAUCAAAGCUUGGCAGUCCCUCCCCGACUAUGGUCUCACGCUAUUCAUCAUCAAAUUCAUGGGCAACAAAAAAGAGGAACUCCUCGGCGUGGCCCCCACGCGCAUCAUGAAGAUGGACAUCCAGACCGGCGACCACCAGAAGACCUGGAGGUACAACACCAUGAUAGCGUGGAACGUCAACUGGGAAGUCAAGCACAUGAUGAUCCAGUUCGAGGAGGGCAACAUCGUGUUCAGUUGUUCGUCGGCUGAUUGUAAAGUCGUCCACGAGUUCAUCGGCGGUUACAUUUUCUUGUCGACGAGGUCCAAGGACGCGAGUCAGACGCUAAACGAAGAGCUCUUCCACAAACUGACGGGUGGGUGGUCCUAAGUCGUGCCUUACACACUAACGUGUCAAUUAAAAGUAUGGUAGGUCAGUUUUCGUGUAACCAGCUCUGAUUGGAUAGUUGCAAAUAAAAAUUUUGAACCAGUAUUUUGUCAGCAAUGAAACUAUUAAUAGCAGACUGUCGCUUGUUAAACUCAUAUAAUGUUAUUGAAUUUUAUAGAAAUAUUUUUACAAAUAGUUAUGAUUUUUAAGGCAAUAUUUACCAGGGUUGCGAGAAAGGCAGUUUUUUAAACUUGUAAUUUACUAAUGUACUAGUCCUAAUGUCGCACAAAUGAGGAGUGGUAACUAUUAAAAUUGUUGGUUGGUUUAAUUUUCACCGGAAACGUCUCUAGAUGGCGAGCCAUCAAGGAGGAGGGCAAAACUGCUUUUUGAGACAGCCUGAUUAUAAAUAAUAUUUUAUGUAUGUGUAUAUUUUAUUGAAUCAACUCUUAAUAAAGUGUUACUAAUGUUUUA